CGCAUGGGGUCGCACCUGACGGCUGUCGUGAAGCAGCGGGCGGAGGGCGAGGGGAGGAAGCAGGGGCAGCGCAGGCCCGGCCCGGCCCCGGGACUUGGCUCCGCGCCGCGCUCUCCGCCCUCGCCGCGCCGCAGCCGGAGUCUGAAGGAGGAGGCGGCGCUGCCGCCGCUGGAUAUGUAGGGGCCCUGGAGCGGGCGGAUCCGGAGGCCGCUGUCUGCCUCUGGAGCGCGGGGCCGGGGCCGGGCUCGGGCCCGGCGGGAUGUUCUCCAAGAAGCCGCACGGGGACGUGCGGAAAUCCACGCAGAAGGUGCUGGACACCCGCAAGGACCCGCUCACCCGGCUCAAGCACUUGCGUGUCCUCAUCGAGAAUGCAGAAUCAAUUGAUCUCAAACAGUUUUUUGACCUACAUUUCUCACAUAUAUAUUAUGUGUUCUUUGAAAACUUUGUGACUAUUGAAGUUGGCCUUAAACAAAAAGGUCACAAGUCUCAGAGAGAAGAAUUAGAUUCUAUUCUUUUUAUUUUUGAGAAAAUUUUACAACUCCUUCCUGAAAGGAUUCAUCAGAGAUGGCAAUUUCAUAGUAUUGGGUUGAUUUUAAAGAAGCUUCUUCACACUGGAAAUUCAUUAAAGAUACGUCGAGAGGGCGUGCGUCUCUUUCUUUUGUGGCUGCAAGCACUUCAAAAUAACUGUAGUAAAGAACAAUUAUGGAUGUUUUCCUGCUUGAUUCCUGGAUUUUCAUCACCACAGUCUGAAUAUGGCCCCCGAACACUUGAUAAUCUCAUUAACCCUCCGCUUAAUGUUCAAGAAACUCAAGUGACUACAGAGGAAAUCACUCCACUUGUUCCUCCACAAUCGGGAGAUAAAGGACAAGAAGAUUUAACUAGCUAUUUUUUAGAAGCACUUUUGAAAUACAUGGUAAUUCAGGUUAAGAGUUUAGAAUGGAAGAACAAGGAAAACCAGGAAAAGGGAUUUUCAUUUUUAUUCUCAAAUUUUAAGAAAUACUACUUACCUUCUAUUUUCCCAAACAUUUGUAAGGAGAGCAGCUUGUAUAACCCUAUACUUGAUAUACCACAAAUGAGACCAAAGCCACACUAUGUAAUGGUUAAGAAAGAUGCUGAAACCAAUGAGGCAAUAUAUUGCACAAAGGAACCUUUUAUUAAGGCUCGUGUUAUUGUCAUUCGAUGGUUGGUGUCUUUCUGGCUUGAGCCAAAACCUCAUACAGGACCUCAUAUUCCUGGGAUGGAAGGUGAAAAUGUGCCAAAGAAUAUUCAGAGAGCAGCUGCUAGCAUGGCUUCAAGGGAGGACAGCAAAAAUGACAGUACUGAUAAGCAGGAUAGAAAUGCAGAGCCAGAACAAUCUCAUUCUAAUACAAGUACUCUAACAGAGAGAGAACCAAGUUCUUCCAGCCUCUGCAGUAUUGAUGAAGAGCAUUUAACUGAUAUUGAAAUUGUCCGCAAAGUCUUUUCUUCUAAAAGAAGUAAUGUUAAUUUUCUAACUGAGAUUUUUCGACAGGCAUUUCUGUUACCAAUAUGUGAAGCAGCUGCCAUGAGGAAGGUAGUAAAGGUGUAUCAGGAAUGGAUUCAACAAGAAGACAAACCUUUAUUUAUGAAAGAACCUGAAGAAAUGAUGCAGUGCACAACUGUAGAUUGUGAUGAAAACAUUGACCAUAAUUCAUCAGAGAAAGGAAAAGAAAGAGAAGAGGAAAAAGGGAUGAACUCGAGUCAUGUUAGAAAUUCAAACUGGACAAGAAAUGGCUGUUAUGAAGACACUUUGCAUAAAACAUCUGAAAUUGAUAUUGAAGAGCAAAAUGUACGAGCUGGAGUGCAGUCAGUAUUGCAGGUUUUUAUAAUAAAUUCUUCAAAUAUAUUCUUUCUUGAACCUGCAAAUGAAAUUAAAGCUCUGCUGGAUGAACACACUGAUAUGUGUAAACGUAUUCUUAAUAUCUACCGCCACAUGGUAGUCCAAGUGACUAUGGACAAGAAGACAUGGGAGCAGAUGCUACUUGUGCUGCUUAGGGUUACUGAAUCUGUGCUGAAAAUACCACCCCAAACUUUCUUGCAGUAUCAAGGAAGAAAAAAUUCCACUUUAGCUGGAAGACUUGCAGGACCUCUUUUCCAGACUCUUAUAGUGGCUUGGAUCAAAGCAAAUCUAAAUGUGUACAUUUCUCGAGAACUCUGGGAUGACUUGCUGUCUGUAAUGUCAUCACUGACAUAUUGGGAAGAGCUGGCCACUGAGUGGUCACUGACAAUGGAGACACUAACUAAAGUAUUAGCUAGAAACUUGUAUAGCUUGGACCUCAGUGACCUGCCAUUGGAUAAAUUAAGUGAGCAGAAGCAGAAAAAACACAAAGGCAAAGGAGUUGGGCACGAAUUCCCGAAGUCUUCUGUCGAUAAGUCCUUUUCUAGAGGCUGGAGCCGUGAUCAGCCUGGACAAGCACCAAUGAGACAACGCAGUGCUACAACCACUGGCUCUCCGGGAACAGAAAAGGCAAGAAGCAUAGUACGGCAGAAAACAGUUGCCAUGAGAAGCCGAUCCAUUGGUGAAUGUGCUCUGCCAUCGGCCUAUAUACGCAGUGCUAAAAGUGCUCCUGUUCUGAUCCAUACUUCCAAACCCUUCUUGCCUGAUAUUGUUCUCACUCCCCUUUCUGAUGAGCUUUCAGACAUUGAUGAUGCUCAAAUUCUUCCACGUCCACCUCGAGUCAGACAUUUUUCACAGAGUGAGGAUGCUCCAAGUGAAGUUUUUGGUGCAUUAAAUGAGGAACAGCCACUGCCACGAAGCAGCAGCACCUCUGACAUCCUGGAACCUUUCGCAGUUGAACGAGCCAAAGGUGCAGUUCCUGUCAUUGACAGUUCAUCCCAUCAUGCUCCAAGCUUACAGAGUUCCACUGAGACCUCUUCAAUGCAUAGAUCCACUGAAAGCCAUAUCACUGAUACAAAUAGCAGAGAGUCCUCCUUGGAAGUUGGGGAUAGUAUUUAUGACCAUCUUUGUCAUUUAAUAGGGCCGGUAGAAUUUGCAAACACUGCCUUUGAACAAAGCCAAUAUGUUGACCUUGAAGGUGAAGAUGAUCUCCUUUCCUCUCUGAGAGAAUAUCUUAAAGAAAAAGAAGAACUUUGCGGUAACUUUGAGAUAGAUAAAUGUAAGGCUUCUGCUCAUGACGUUGAUACAUCAGUAAAUAGGAAUGAUAGAUUACCACUGGACGGAUUAGAAAAUAGAGAUCAGACUGGGCAAUGCACAAAUAGCAUCACUGUUACAGAAAGAGACGAUAACACAGAGCUGCACCUAGAACAAAACCCAAGUGGCUUUAUAAGUAAUAUUGCACCUAGUCAGGUAGACUUCUUCACAGGAAAUCAAGUGCUCAAUAAAGCCAGACAGUUAGAUAUAAAUAAACAGUAUGAAAGCGUAUUUGAUCAUGGGUCAAGUAGUCCCAGCAGCAAAGAAGGGAAGAGAUACCUGUACAGGCAAGCAGCCACUGAAGCUGAUGUAGAUUUAGUUGCGGAAGCAGUGGUAGGUGAAAAGCAUAGAAGUGCCCAGUUUAAUGAAAAGCUGACCAACUCACGUAUUGUCCACGCAAAGAAAAUUCUUCCUAAAGCACAAGUUGACCCUCAAAUGCCUUACGUCACAGGCACGACCAAACUGGCACCAACUAAAAGAAGUAUUUCUGAAACUGUAACUCAUAGGGCCAAAAUCAUGAAAAUAACGACUAAAAAAAGAAAUAGUGUUCAUGUUACUUUUAGGCCAUCUACAGAAUCGGUUCAAUUUUACAAUCCUCUUGAGAGCAAAGAGGCUGCUUGGAAAGCAAGACUUCGUAAACUUGGUGGCUUCAGUAGUAGCAGUAGUGGUAGCGGUAGCAGCAACAGCAGUACCAGUACAAGCACCAGCUCAUCAACUGCCACAGAGCUGGUUAGACCUGGAAUAUAUAGACAUCUAGAUGCAAUUAAUGCUGCUUCAGCUGGCAGCAAGCAAAUUAAAGAAUCUACAGAAACUCAAGCAGCUGUAUUGCAGAAAGAAAGUAUUGCAGUUAGUCAGUUCCAUAAUCGUAGUGCCUUUAGGGCACCAGGUCAGGAGUCGGCACAACAGCAGGGCUCCCUGGGUGGUGUUUAUAAAACUGUUGUACAUGCUCUUUCGAAGCCGAAGGCAAAUGUUUCCCCACAGAGGCAGAACAGAAUGCCAGCAGAGGCUCCACUGAGGGAUCUGUACAGUCAUGUAAUGGGCUAUUUUGGAAGGAAAGCUGCAGCUAAUAGAGAGGACAUGAAUCAAAAGCUGCACCCUAUUGAUAGUGAUAUUGGCAGUAGCAAUACAAAUGUUCCUGACCUCAUGGAUGAAUUUAUAGCUGAGAGACUCCGCAGUGGUAGUGCACUGAAUGUGACAAGAAGAGGAAGCAGUCCUGGGAGCCUGGAAGUUCCUAAAGACCUUCCUGAUAUAUUGAACAAGCAGAACCAAAUGCGUCCUGUAGAUGACCCAGGCGUACCUUCCGAAUGGACAUCACCUGCCAGUGCGGGCAGCAGUGACCUCAUCAGUUCAGACAGUCACUCUGACUCCUUCAGCGCCUUCCAGUACGAUGGCCGCAAAUUUGAAAAUUUCAGCUUUGGCACUGAGGCAGGGACACCAGCUUCUACUGACGUUGAUGCAGUCUCAGGACAGCAGCAGAGUGCCGAGGAGCAAGAACUGGCCAGUCUAACUACACUCCACAUAGAUUCAGAAACAAGUAGUCUCAAUCAGCAACCAUUGUCUGCUGAAGCUGCGACUAUUACUGGCUCUGAAAGUGCUUCUCCAAUCCAAUCUGCUCUUGGAUCCCGAUCACAGACACCCUCUCCUGCCACUCUUCAUGCAGAUCAUAUUGAGCAGAAGGAUCUGCAGCUGGAUGAGAAGCUCCACCACUCUGUUUUACAGACGCCAGAUGACCUAGAAACUAGUGAAUUCCCCUCAGAAUGUUGCAGUGUGAUGGCUGGGGGAACACUUACAGGAUGGCAUGCAGAUGUUGCUACUGUGAUGUGGAGGCGAAUGCUAGGAAUUUUGGGAGAUGUCAACAGCAUCAUGGAUCCGGAGAUUCAUGCCCAGGUUUUUGAUUACCUGUGUGAACUGUGGCAGAAUCUGGCCAAGAUAAGAGACAAUCUUGGUAUUUCAACAGAUAACCUAACUUCACCAUGUCCCCCAGUUUUAAUUCCACCACUGAGAAUUCUAACACCAUGGCUAUUCAAGGCAACAAUGCUGACUGAUAAGUACAAACAAGGAAAGCUACAUGCUUAUAAACUUAUUUGUAAGACAAUGAAACGAAGACAAGAUGUUUCUCCAAACAGGGAUUUUUUAACUCAUUUCUACAAUAUAAUGCACUGUGGACUUCUUCAUGUUGAUCAAGAUAUUGUCAAUACAAUCAUUAAGCACUGCUCUCCCCAGUUCUUUUCACUUGGUUUGCCUGGUGCUACCAUGCUUAUUAUGGAUUUCAUUGUAGCAGCAGGAAGAGUGGCUGCUUCGUCGUUCCUCAAUGCACCAAGAGUUGAAGCACAGGUUCUUUUAGGAUCUCUAGUUUGUUUUCCCAAUUUAUAUCGUGAACUACCAGCUCUUCACCCAAAUAUUCCUGACAUUGCUGUGUCUCACUUUACAGAUGUUAAGGAACUCAUAAUUAAAACUGUGUUAAGUUCAGCAAGAGAGGAGCCGUCUGGUCCUGCACGAUGUGUUGCGCUUUGCAGCCUUGGUAUUUGGAUCUGUGAGGAACUCGUUCAUGAAUCACAUCAUCCUCAGAUCAAGGAAGCAUUGAAUGUGAUUUGUGUUUCUUUAAAGUUUCCAAAUAAAACAGUAGCCCAAGUUGCCUGCAGUAUGCUGAACAUGCUGAUACAUUAUGUACAUAGACUUCAACUGUAUCAAGCUGAUUCACCUUUACGGAUUAUUCAAAUUCUGAUAGCAACUAUUACACAUCUACUACCCAGUACAGAAGCUUCCUCUUAUGAACAGGACAAGAGGUUGGUGGUUUCCUUACUUCUGUGCUUAUUGGAUUGGAUAAUGGCCUUGCCAUUAAAGACUUUGCUGCAGCCUCUUCAUGCUACAGGAGCUGAAAAUGAUAAGACUGAAAGAUCCGUUCUUAACUGUAUAUAUAAGGUUCUGCAUGGAUGUGUCUAUGGGUCUCAAUGUUUUAGCAACCCUAAAUAUUUUCCUCUAAGCCUUUCUGAUCUGGCAUGUAUGGAUUACGAUCCUUUUAUGCAUUUAGAAAGCUUAAAGGAACCAGAACCACUGCAUUCUCCAGACUCAGAGAGAUCUUCUAAACUUCAACCAGUCACUGAAGUGAAAACUCAUAUGCAACAAGGAUUAAUUUCUGUUGCUGCUCGUACUGUAAUAACACAUCUAGUCAACCACUUAGGCCACUAUCCUAUGAGCGGAGGUCCUGCUAUGCUAACCAGUCAAGUGUGUGAAAACAAUGACAAUCCAUACAGUGAAAGUCCUGAGCUGUCUCCUGAACUUUUUGAGAACCCAAAUCUUCAAUUUUUUGUGUUAAACAAUACUUCCUUGGUGUCUUGCAUACAAAUCCAAGCAGAAGACGACAUGCCUGGGGGAGGACUGUCUGCUGGACUUGCAUCUGCUAAUUCAAAUGUUAGAAUUAUAGUGCGUGAUCUCUCUGGCAAAUACUCGUGGGAUUCAGCCAUUUUGUAUGGACCAUCAUCUUUAUGUGGAUCUUCACAACAAACAUCUUUUGCACUUUCAUUAUCUCAGCAAGAUAAACCAGAAGAUGCUCUUUCAUCUUUUGAGCAUGUGGAGGAUGUGUCUGCAAGGGAUGGAAUUACACUCCAAGUAAAAAGGAAAUUUAGAGACACUGUACCAACAUGGGAUACAAUUAGGGAUGAAGAAGAUGCCCUUGAUGAGCUCCUGCAGUAUUUAGGUGUUACAAGCCCUGAAUGCUUACAGAGAACUGGUGUCUCACUCAACAUCCCUGCUCCCCAACCAGUCUGCAUCUCAGAGAAACAAGAGAACGAUGUCAUCAAUGCAAUUCUGAAACAGCACACAGAAGAGAGAGAGUUUGUUGAAAAGCAUUUCAAUGAUGUAAAUAUGAGGGCUAUGGAGCAGGAUGAGCCAACCUCACAAAAGUCCCAGUCAGCAUUUUACUACUGCAGAUUACUUCUCAGUAUACUGGGAAUGAAUUCAUGGGAUAAAAGAAGGAGCUUUCAUCUCCUGAAGAAAAAUGAGAAGUUACUUCGAGAACUGAGAAAUUUGGAUUCAAGACAAUGCCGAGAGACACACAAGAUUGCAGUGUUUUAUGUUGCUGAGGGACAGGAAGAUAAACACUCCAUUCUUACGAAUACUGGGGGAAGUCAAGCCUAUGAGGAUUUUGUAGCUGGUCUGGGCUGGGAGGUUAAUCUCACAAGUCAUUGUGGCUUUAUGGGAGGACUGCAAAAAAACAAAAGCACUGGAUUGACCACUCCAUAUUUUGCUACCUCAACAGUAGAAGUAAUGUUCCAUGUCUCAACAAGAAUGCCUUCUGAUUCAGAUGACUCUUUAACAAAAAAGCUAAGACAUUUAGGAAAUGAUGAAGUACACAUUGUCUGGUCAGAGCACACUCGAGAUUAUAGAAGAGGAAUAAUUCCAACAGAAUUUGGUGAUGUUCUUAUAGUUAUCUAUCCCAUGAAAAACCAUAUGUUCAGUAUCCAGAUCAUGAAAAAGCCUGAGGUUCCAUUUUUUGGUCCACUCUUUGAUGGUGCUAUUGUGAAUGGAAAAAUUCUACCUAUUAUGGUUCGUGCAACAGCUAUAAAUGCAAGCCGUGCAUUGAAAUCAUUAAUCCCAUUAUACCAAAACUUUUAUGAGGAGAGAGCACGAUACCUGCAAACAAUUGUUCAACAUCAUCUAGAGCCUACAACUUUUGAAGAUUUUGCUGCUCAGGUUUUCUGUCCAGCACCUUAUCACCAUUUGCCCUCAGAGACGGGUCUGCAUGAAGCACUAACACUGGUUCUGGGAUUAAGGUAACUAAUGAUAGAGACAGUUGUUGAAUGAGUAACACUUUAUUGUGUUGACCUUUGUUUCUUAGCAUGCACAAGUAGUACUGGAUGGCAGUGGUGUGUUUUGUACCCUGUACUGUCUUUCAUUGAUGUUGUAAGACAUUCUCCAGUGAUAACCUAGGAGAGAAGGAGAAGAAGAAUGUGUAACACUUGAAAUUCUGGCUCAGAAAAACCUUAUUUAAUGAUAAUCAAAAUGCUUCCAUGAAAAAGCUGUAAAUCUAAAUGAAAUAAAUUUUGUAACAAUAAUUUGGCAAGUUGCUACCUGAAAAUUUGUUUCUCAAUCACAAAAAUAUAUGCAGAAAUUAAUUCUAAAUUAUACAAGAAUUGUGAUAGGACUACAGAAAGAAUGACUGAGGUAUUAAAAUGUUGACACUCCUUUACUUGAAAAUAUAAACAAUAACUAGAAAUGAGGUGCAGUUUCAAAGUAUAAUAAGUGGUAUAGUUAUGGUAGUGGAAAUAGUUGAGACCAAAGAGAAACAAAAUUAAAAGUAAUAUAAAACUAAUUAAACCAGUAUAAAAAAGAAUAACAUAAUUUAAUGUAUGAAAACAUUUGAAUGGGAAAAAUCUGUAACCAGAAACAUUAAAACAAUAACCAGGGAUACCAAUCCUUGCCGCAUUUCCUGCCUGAUGGACCUAGUAAGUAUUCAACACCAGACACUUUUGUAUGGCUAGUCUGUAUUCCAUAUUCUAGUGCACUUAUAGCAGUUCUGCCUAUUUAUUUUCAGAAACCUCAUUCCAGGCCAAGUCCUUCCACCCUCUUCCUCUAGUUCUUUCUUUCAGGGUGAAGCAAACCUGCUUUUCUGUGCUAGUUUGGUGCAUCAGAGUACUCUGCUCUACAGUGGCAAUUCCUGUAUUCUUUUAAAAAUUGUCCUAGUCAUACUUUCUGUUCUCUAACAUGAUCUGAAGUGAGGUUAUGAUUUUUUAGAAACUUGAUUUUUAACUUAACCUUUCUAUCAAACUUAAUAAUUUUCUGUAGGAAUCUCAUUAAUAGGAGCUUGUGAUGUAUUUCACAUCUGCAUGUGUGUGUGUGUGUCUACAUACCGCAAAACACGCUGUCCUGUCCUGAGGGCCACGUUCUUCUGAACCUUGCAUUGUGCAGUGCAAAUGGCCAAGACAUCAGCGUCAGGAGCAGCCAGCAGCUUCCUAGAAGGGACUUGCAGCACAGUGUGACUCAGAGUCAAAGAACAUGUUCCCAGAUCUGCCUGACUCUGAGCUUUUGUUUCAGCCCAGGGAAACUGGGGAUGCUCUGGCAGUCCCACUUGCAGCCUGAUCCUUGUUCCAUCUGAGGAUCCUGGAAUUCUUAUGCUCAGCUCUAGGACAGAGUGCCUGGAAUAGCACCACAUCAUCUACCUCCAAGCCGACUCUGGAGGGCAUAAAUUGUAAAGCCUGAGUCUGGUAUAAAAUGACACUGCAGUUACCUGCCAAAAAGGUUACCCCAGGGUUUGGGGUUAGCCUAGAAAUCACUGGUUUCCAGUUCUAGUGAAGGCAGACCUGUGACCAAGGCUGCUACAGAUGACCCAAAUCUCUGAUGGACUUUAGUCCCACAAGUCCACUGGGUAUGCUAUUAAAAAAAUAGAUAUCCCCAAGUUUUCAGAGCCCCUGCAACAGGUGGAUUUCUUGAAAGAUGUACAGAGCACUGAACUAUGCCAGGAUUGAACAUAGGAGUGGUGCUGGAGUCCUGCCUAGGAAUCCUCAUGCAUUUGUCACCCCCAGGAUGACUCAGACAAAACCUUGCAGGCUGUCUGCCCAACAUGGCUGUCUGUCCAUGUCAUCUCAAAAUUUCUGACCAGAUUCUAAAAAUACAUCACAUUUUUAAAUACAAAAUAUUUCAUUUAUGUCUGAGAGUUCUUUUAAUGAAAAUAAUUGAACAGAAGAGGCUAGAAAAAAAAUCCUCAUUUUAGAUAUUAUAGACUUGAUUCUUUAAUUGUAUCAUGAUCUCCAAGUUUACAGGUGCUGAAUAUGUUUAAUUUUAUAAAAUAUUCUAUACAUUUUUGUCAUCUAAGAAAGAUCUGUAGAAACUAUGAGGCUUCUACAGCCCAUCACCAGGUGUUGUCAUUUUGUUGUUGUUGUUGUUGUUAUGAUACCAUUGACCAGUUACAGCAUGCCAUUUUUUUUCAUUUGAAUUAUGAUAAUCGGACCAAAUAGAGAAAAUUCCAUUCAGUAACAAACUGUAUUUCCUCAACAUAUUUUAUCAAAGGCUCAGCCCUUCACAAAAGCUGUUUUCUUUUUUACCAUGGGUGCUCUUCAAUACAAUGUGAUUGUGGCAGCUGCUGUUUUAUCUAGAAGCUUAGUUUGCCCUGUCAAAAUAUCUGACAAGUCCACCUUCCCAUGUUUAGGAACCUGACUAGUGUAGUGGAUGUGUACAUUUUCAAAAAAUUGAGUUUUACCUGUACUUAAGCACAGAAUGUAAUUCAGUUGCCUCUGUGUUUUUUACGUUAUGCUGUCUCUGUUAAAUAGUGUAAUUGCAAAUACUCUGCUAAAUAGAGUGACUCAUCCUAUGCAGCUAUUGAGUGAACCAGAUCUCUGUGACACCAGAAUAGGUUGAGGGAACUGUCGAUGGUAAGCUCAAUUAUAUUGAAGGACACAUUGACCUCAUGAUGCUAAGAUUCUGAGCUUUAAAAUGUACUCACAUCUUGAGUUUGUUUUUUCUCUAUCUUAUUUUGUUCCCUUUCUUCCUACUUAAACUAGUACCUCAUUACAGUAAACUUUAUAGAGAAGGAGCCUCUCUACAUUAGUCAUAGAAUUUUCCUUGUGACAAAAGCACCAGACUUUUUGGUCCCAACAAUCACUCCUGUAUUCUCAAGCCUGCGUUCAGAACAAUUCUGCUGCCCCACUCCCAAAGUAAGUGGGGAUGCCAUCAUACAGGCAGGGAAGCAGUGGAAUGUAGAGUUAAUGAUGCUUCAGCCUUGCACAAGAAAAA